UGAACGCCUGAGGGAGAGCAGCUCCGCCCAUGGUGUUCCUUCCCUGAAUGGGCCCCUCUGACGGGAUUUAGGGCCCCCGCCCCACUGUAAGCAGCUCUCUCUCCACCCCGGGGUUGACCGCCUGCCAGCGGACGCUUUCUUUUUCUAGCCGAUGCUAAAAGCAAGGUCUAAAGUUCAGAGUCGGAUGUGCAGAUUUGGGUCGAGUCUUUGUUUCUCUGCACCUUCUCCUCCCAUGGACAGCGUUUGUGAUGGAUCCCAUGUCCGUGAGCACGUCAGCAGCCGGUCAGGAGGAGUUCGACCGCAAUGCGCCGCGGAUCUGUGGCGUGUGUGGAGACAAAGCGACGGGAUUCCACUUCAACGCCAUGACCUGCGAGGGCUGUAAGGGCUUCUUCAGGCGCAGUAUGAAGCGCAAGGCGAGUUUCACCUGCCCGUUCAGUGGAAACUGCACCAUCACCAAAGACAACCGGCGUCACUGUCAGGCCUGUCGUCUGAAACGCUGCGUGGACAUCGGCAUGAUGAAGGAAUUCAUUCUGACAGAUGAGGAGGUGCAGAGGAAGAAAGAUGUGAUCCAGAAGAGGAAGGAGGAGGAUGCGGCGCGGGAGGCACGGAGGCCUCGUCUGAACGAUGAGCAGACACAGAUCAUCAACACGCUGGUGGAGGCCCAUCACAAGACAUAUGAUGAGUCCUACUCCGACUUCUCGCGCUUCAGGCCUCCGGUCAGAGAGGGUCCCGUCACCCGCAGUGCCAGUCGGGCCGCGUCUCUUCACUCGCUGUCUGACGCCUCAUCGGAUUCAUUCAACCAUUCACCAGAGUCUGUCGACGCAAAGCUGAACUUCAGCAGUCUUCUGAUGAUGUAUCAGGAUAACGGUGCCAAUCCAGACUCUGGUGAGGACGAUCCCUCUGGUCUGUCCAUGCUGCCACAUCUCGCUGAUCUGGUGAGCUACAGCAUUCAGAAAGUCAUCGGAUUCGCCAAGAUGAUCCCCGGAUUCAGGGACCUGACGGCAGAAGAUCAGAUCGCUCUCCUGAAGUCCAGCGCUAUCGAGAUCAUCAUGUUGAGAUCCAAUCAGUCCUUCAGUCUGGAGGACAUGAGCUGGAGCUGUGGAGGACCAGACUUCAAAUACUGCCUCAAUGAUGUCACCAAGGCGGGUCACACUGUGGAGCUGUUGGAGCCGCUGGUGAAGUUUCAAGUGGGUCUGAAGAAACUGAAUCUUCAUGAAGAGGAACAUGUGCUGCUCAUGGCCAUCUGCCUGCUGUCACCAGAUCGUCCGGGCAUUCAGGACCACGCACGCAUUGAAAGUCUUCAGGACCGGCUGUGUGACGUGCUGCAGGCGUACAUACGGAUCAAUCACCCCGGCGGCCGUCUCGUGUACGCUAAGAUGAUCCAGAAGCUGGCGGACCUGCGGAGUCUGAACGAGGAGCACACCAAGCAGUACCGCCUGCUGUCCUUCCAGCCCGAGCACAGCAUGCAGCUCACGCCGCUGGUGCUGGAGGUGUUCGGCAGCGAGGUGUCCUAGCCUCCUCGCGCGAGCCCCCAGAAGAUUCCGGAGCCCACCGCACACACGCUCUCUUUAACACUGCGGGGGGCUGAAGGGACGUGCGGCUGGUGCACACUUCUGGAUUCCUGUCUAAGCUAAAGGGAAUUUAGAAAGGAAUGUAUUAAUAAUACAGCUAUAUAUAUAUAUGAAUACAGUAACUAAUAUUUAUAUUUAAGAGAGAGUUGAAUGAAACGGGCAGGUGAUCCUCUGUUGUAAUAGGAUUAGCGGGCUCUUCUACAGUAGUUUAGAUGAGCGUGUGCGUCAGGGGUUGACCAAUUCGCCAUUUCUUCAAAAAAUGACCAUGGUUUUACUAUAGUUGAUGUGUAGUAAACAUGUUUUUUCUCUUAGUGGAUUGAUUUUCAUUUUUUAUAUCAUGGUUUAACUCUGUAUGUGGUUACCAUGCUUUAACUGCAGUAACCAUGUUUGGUUUUGUUUGUAGUAAAAUCGUGGUCAGUUUUCACAAGGAAUGAUUGAUAUAAUGACGAUUUGAUCAUGAUAGCAUACGAGAUGCGUAUCUCAAAUGAUAAGAGAUCUUAAUUUUCCACUCAGUUCACUAAAGGGAUUUAUCAAAUGUACUGACACAUACACUACCCGUCAAAGUUUUUGGACUUCUUGAUGCUUAAAAAGAGUCGGCAGGUGUUCAGAACUUCUUUAGUACUGUUUAACAGCGUGUCAGAUCCGACUCAAAGAACUCUGGUCUGUAGAUAAACAACUGUAAAGAAGCUGUUUCCAUUCGGCUCAUGAUCACAUCAUUCUUAUCUAACACUUGCGUUGGUGCAGGUGUAUUUGUCCAAACGGUAGUGUAUGUGAAUAUAAAGGGACAUAAUCAAUGUCAGGCCUUUCAUAACACUUCAGUUAAUCCAGCGGCAGGGUCGUGUUUAUGAACAACCCUGUAUUGGUCUGUCACUGAUGUGCACGCUUGCGUUUCGUGAGUAAAUGUGUGCAUAAGAGACACGCACAUUCGGACGAGAGCAGAGCGCCUGACCUGUAAGACUGAUGUUUGUAUAGAUCGGAUCAUAAAUGACCACAAGAGAGCAAACCCCCCUGAGAUUUACUCAUCAUAACAAAGCCACAUGGCUGCUUCAGUCCCACGUCAACGUUUAGUUCUGGACUGAUAACCCGGUCUAAAACUAAACCUUCCACCCGCGCUUCAUAUCAGUCCGGUUUCAACACGAAUCUGCCACAGAAACACCGAAAUGUGUUGAACGUUGUUGAGCUGUUAGCGCACAACUUUGAUCAAGUUCAUCAGAGAUCAAACACAAAUGAAGCACGGAUUAUAAACCACACGUAAGAAUAAUGUUUGUUGCGCAUAACCUAAAUGAAUCUGUGUUCGUCAGCAGGUUCUCCGCUGCUCUCUUGUGGCCAUGAGCUGUAAAUACCACUGACUCGUAUCGUCUCUACAUAUGUCUCAUGAACAGAAUAGGCUUCACGCUAAGACAAAUAAUCAGCUAAAAAGAAGCUUGGGCGAAAUAAGCAAGUAUGACGUUUUCCUUCAGAAGACGCAGGCUUUUAUGACUGUAUCUAUCUUUAAUGCUUUAGGUGCAAAUAUCACGUUGAUUUGUAUUGUUCUAAUGACUCUCGCGGCUUACGGUUUGUACGGAUUUGGACACAUAAACUGGACUUUUUUCUUUUUUUGCAAAGACAUCUCAACCAGUCUGCUGCUUCUGCCGUGAGAAACCGAGCUAAACCGGUGCUUUCAUCACUACAAACGCUGCCUCAGACCAGCCAACCACACGCACCUACACCAGACGGACCGCGCACAGGACCCGUCCCAGCUUUAACAUGCCCUCCGCCGUCACGGCUGAACGUUCCCAGAGAAACCCGUAUUUGAUUGUAGCGAACGGACGUUUGCGAUGGACUGGAUGUUGAUCUACUGGACAAACGCUGGAUGGAUUGGCUUGCAAGUAUCAUGUAUAUACCAGCUCCGAUAAGCUUCUGUUGGAUUCUGAUGGUUUGAAAGCUCAAGAUGUUUCUACUGUCAGAAGAUAAUCCCAUACUGGCUCAGUUGUUUUUAGUCUGUCGGGUGGGAAACAUGUGCCUGUCCCUACAAACGCCCCUUUAGGUCCCCGGACUGGAGCGCGGCCGGAUCACUGGACGAGAAUAUCACGAAACCCAGACGUCCGGGACGCCUCCGCCUGAAUGACACGGUUGGGCUCUUCUUCGGUCCGUCAGUAUUUUAUUCAGGUUGUUUUAGAUGUACAGGUGAACUCUUCUGGACGCUUUACGCACUUUGGAUCGGUUGAAUUAACCGCUUUGGUCAGCCGGAAGCUCGUGCAUCACAGAACUCACAGAUACUGCCGAGAGGAAUCACAUCAACUUCAUCCACUCGUUCAGACGGUUUAUUUACUCCUCUGUGCCAUUUCUGUUGGCUUGUGUGUUGGAUGUUAUUGGCAGCAGAACAAAGCUUAGGCUUCAGGGAUGUCAGGCUUGGUUCUGCUGCGUCACGGCUAGACUGAAGAAAUCCCGUCGUCUCAAAUGCCUCAUGUACACACCUGCUGGUUUUUCCGCACAAAAGCGUCUCUCGCAUCUUAAAAUGAGCAAAUUUGACUUGUAACGUUACAUUUGGCGGCCGCUGUGAUCCACAGAGAAUCAGACGCUCUCGCUACUGAGCUACAGGAAACUUUCCAGAAGUCUAGAAGUUGGGCGGGUGGAUUUCUUGAGUCUAGCUGAGGUGCGGGUGACUUGUUGACUGUCUGCUGAUUGCUUAAGGAAAACACAAACCACCAGGUGCCGUUGUUAACCAAACUGAACUACCUCUCUCAUACACCAAUGUAAGCAUUACUCCAUUUCGUGUUUGUUUGUUACAAAUUUCUUUUAUUUUUGAAAGAAACACUCAAUCCUUAUUUAUUCCUUGCCGAUUCAAAUGCUGGACUGUUUACCUCAGAUAUCUCCGUUUAAGCCUUCGGUUAAGACAGCGCCGCAAACCACAAUAUCCCCAACGUCACUCUCGUGCCAACAACACUCCUGGUGUCUCCAAAGAUGAACAUUCUGUCAUCUCUCAUUCAUCCUCCUGUCAUUUAAACCCGCGUGAGUUUCUUUCAUCUUCAGAACACAAAAGAUGUUGGUAACCAAGCAACAUUGAACGCCACUGACGUCCACGAGACCACCGAGACAUUUCUUGAAACAUCUUCUUUUGUGUUCCACUGAAGAAAGUCUCACAGACAGGUUUACAACCACGUGAGGAGAAUAAAUGAUGACAGACGUUUGAAUGCAGUUUUUGGAGAGAAUGUCUCGUCAGGUUUUGGUGGUGUCAGAACGGGUGACGAUGGGAGAUGUUUCUGCUAGCAUGAGCGCUAGUCUUUGUCAGUAUUCAUUCUUUCAUAUUCAGAAGCAUUGACAGCUAAACUGGCUAAUCCCAAAGUAUACAUAAUAAGCUAUAUCUAUAAGGUACAUUUAUAAGUGUUUUACACUCACAUGUAUGACGCUUUUCAUGUGUAUGUUCAUUCUUACUGCUAUUACAUGUUUCAGUUCAUGACAUACAGUCUGCUCUCCUUCUACUGUCUCUCUCUGAAUCAUAUCCGGACGUCAUUUGUUGUUUUGUACGGUCAGACGCACGUCUCUUUUAGAAAGGUCUGUCUGAUGAAUCUGAUCAUAAGGUGAGUUUAGUUAAGUUGUAGAGUAGAGGGCAUCAUCUGUAAACACCAGUGUUGGGUAAAUUACUCUCAAAAAGUCAUUAAUUACUAGUUGCUAAUGACAUAUUCAAUAGUGUAAUUAGAUUACUGUACAAAUUACUCUCUCCAAAAAGUAUUUAAUUACUUAUUAAUAAUGACUUUCUAUAUCCUACAUCAACCUUGAUUAGAAUUGAUUCAAAGAUAGACAUGAAACGGCUUGAAGAAAUUUAUUCAAAUAAAUAACUACAUAAAUUAUUCUUAUUAACUGACUAAAGUAUACAAAUGUGAGAAAGAUACAUUAAAGCAUUCAUUUUAAAGUUAGACUUUGAAUUUUUAUGUCAUUUCCACUAUUGAAUAUAUUACACAGUAUAUAGUUCAAUUACAUCAGAAGUAACUGUCAUUUUAUUACAGACAAAACAAGAGUAAUCCCUUACUUUACUUUUUCAAGGGAGCGUAAUUAAAUUACAGACAAAACAAGAGUAAUCCCUUACUUUACCUUUUCAAGGGAAAGUAAUUAAAUUACAGACAAAAUAAGAGUAAUCCCUUACUUUACUUUUUCAAGGGAGCGUAUUUAAAUUACAGACAAAAUAAGAGUAAUCCCUUACUUUGCCUUUUCAAGGGAUCGUAUUUAAAUUACAGACAAAAUAAGAGUAAUCCCUUACUUUGCCUUUUCAAGGGAAAGUAAUUAAAUUAUAGACAAAAUAAGAGUAAUCCCUUACUUUGCCUUUUCAAGGGAAAGUAAUUAAAUUACAGACAAAAUAAGAGUAAUCCCUUACUUUGCCUUUUCAAGGGAGCGUAUUUAAAUUACAGACAAAAUAAGAGUAAUCCCUUACUUUGCCUUUUCAAGGGAGCGUAUUUAAAUUACAGACAAAAUAAGAGUAAUCCCUUACUUUGCCUUUUCAAGGGAGCGUAUUUAAAUUACAGACAAAAUAAGAGUAAUCCCUUACUUUGCCUUUUCAAGGGAAAGUAUUUAAAUUACAGACAAAAUAAGAGUAAUCCCUUACUUUGCCUUUUCAAGGGAACGUAUUUAAAUUACAGACAAAAUAAGAGUAAUCCCUUACUUUGCCUUUUCAAGGGAUAGUAAUUAAAUUACAGACAAAAUAAGAGUAAUCCCUUACUUUGCCUUUUCAAGGGAACGUAUUUAAAUUAUAGACAAAAUAAGAGUAAUCCCUUACUUUGCCUUUUCAAGGGAAAGUAUUUAAAUUACAGACAAAAUAAGAGUAAUCCCUUACUUUGCCUUUUCAAGGGAAAGUAUUUAAAUUACAGACAAAAUAAGAGUAAUCCCUUACUUUGCCUUUUCAAGGGAAAGUAUUUAAAUUACAGACAAAAUAAGAGUAAUCCCUUACUUUGCCUUUUCAAGGGAAAGUAAUUAAAUUAUAGACAAAAUAAGAGUAAUCCCUUACUUUGCCUUUUCAAGGGAAAGUAAUUAAAUUACAGACAAAAUAAGAGUAAUCCCUUACUUUACUUUUUCAAGGGAGAGUAAUUAAAUUACUUAGUAACUAGUAACACCCAACACUGGUAAACACCCCGACCAACUCUUUCCACUCCUCCUCUCUCUUUGCUGUGUUCUCAUCCAGUUUCUCUCUGACCGACCGACCGCACACACGCAUGCGUACACAUUCACCAUCAGCAUUUACUUUACAGACAGAAAUACUCGUGUCACGUGUUACGCCGUGUUUUUUGAGGAUUUGGUGAGACUGAAUCUUUACUCAGUAGACUGUCAGGUUACACUCUUGAAACAGACACAGCUAAAGAACCUCCGUGUGCCUCCACCCCAAAGCCUUAGUUUGAGAUGGUGUCAGCGUUACGAUGUUACGGUUCAUAGAAACAUGAAGCCCGAUGCGUUUGCUGUCGUUGAAGUCCGCUGUCAGACUGAACGCUUGGGAUUUAGAAAUGAUUAAAUAAAAAAUGUUUGAGUCUGACUGUGGAUCCGAACAACAAACAGGCAAUGAGAAGCUUCUGGACUGAGGUGCCUUUAUUCUGUAUGUUUAGCAGCAGUUUUGCUUUACCGUUAUGACAUUUAAUGGCAGUGUAGAUUGUUGGGUUCAUAAGACAUGCAGAAUUGAGAUAUGAGAAGAGUGACCUCAGAUAGAACAUGUUUCUAUCACAGCUGAAUUGUGUUCUCAGUAACAGGAGUAUUUUGGGAUGAGCUGGUGUACGAUCGCCGUUGACGGUCCUCGUCUGUUUUUAUCACUACCGUACAGUUUCUUCUGCUCAUCUGUGUUUACUCAGGAACCACGUUGGCGCUCUCAACACCAGGAGACCCAGAACCUUCAGAGAACUGUAGAACAGAUUUCAAAGAUUAGUUCAUCCAAAAACACAGAUCAUCUUUCUUCAUUUCCUCUCACCCUGCAUCAGUUUAUAAAUCAUAAAAGCGUUGAAGAGUCUCUUCAGUUUGGAAACAUCUCAUGCUGCGAAUUCACUUCGCAGUUUCUUUCAUUCAAAGCUCGAAACACCGAUGUAGAGUUUCAUUGUUGAACUGUCAGGCCGCGGAUGUGAUUUGGUCUGUACGGUUGUUCACGUGUUUCUACCCCGUUGCAUUAGUGUUGAUGUCUCUCUCCCCUUGAAUGUUCCUUACUCAUUUGUUUUCUGCAUUCUAUGUAGUCGAUGAGAUGUUUUAAGAAAAAUCACCAAUAAACAGCUGUACAUACUGAUGCAUAACCUGUGACUCCGACUGAAUCAAACAUCGGAUGGAUUUUGUAUUUGAAGAGGUUUCAUGUAAGAAUUGAACUCUGUAUCAUCGGCGACAGCAUCUCUUCAAGCAAAAACAAAAUGCACUUAGAAAACAUGUAAAAAAAUCCCUUAGACCAAUAAACACACACAUAGAUCCAAACCUAGGUUGUCAUAAACUCAUGCAUGAAAGGGUUAAAACUAAUUUAGUUUAGUUUAUGGGUUUUAAACAGGUUUGAGUAGUUUAAUGGAUAUGGUGGGUUGGUUCAGGUGAUCUAAUACUAAAAUACAAUAAUCUGUGAAGGAUAGAACAAAGUCAUGUGGGUAAAUAUGCUCUGACUGGCAACGUGAAAUAAAAAAGGUAAUUCAGAAAGAAGAAAACAAUGAAUGGCAGGGGAUAAAGGAUAUGGAUAACAAAGGAAGGUGCAUGGUUUUAUAAAAACACAAUGAAUUUUUAAUUGAAAGAGCCAAUGUCGUCUUUUAGGCAGAUUCAUAACAUCUGCACUUUCAAGGUUUUAGCUGUUUUCUUACACAUCAGAACUGUAUUCUUUGGUUUUACUCAUUUGGGCUUUUGGUAUUUAUGUGAUUUAUGUUAUUUCCCCCACUUUAAAUUAUUACACUUCAAGAUAGCCUUUGUUUUUGUGAUUUUUUUAAGCAAAAUAUAAAAACGAUAAUGCAGAUUUAUAUUCACAUACUUCUUUACUCAUAUUUAGCCUACAAAAAGUGGCAAUAAUUCUGAACAGGCGGAGAGACGAAAUGGUAAGUGGGAAAGUUCUUGUGUUACAAACAAAACCUGCUCCACAGUUUCUAAGUAUGAUAUACUUUACGUUGUAAAAGUUGAGUUUUAAGAGUAAAUUGGUAAGUGUUGAGGUUAUUUAGGGUCAAAUGGAUGCACACAUGUAUUAAGCACUUUUAACAUAUUUACAAUUACAGUGCAAUACUUGGAUCUUGACUGUGUGGGGAACUGGUAAAGAAUGGACCGAAUUUUGACAAAAAACGAUGCAUAAUAUCUGACACACACAUGAACACUGUACAGUUAGUUUUGUGGCUAUAAAUCAUUCCCUUUAAAUGCUUUUGACACGCUCGUGUGUAAACACAUUAAGACAAUUUAUAAUAUAAUAUAAAAUAAAACAAAACAGUAUACAAUAUUCGUUAAUGUUCCUGUAUAGGAGCUUGUUCUGUUGACAGACAGAGGCUUCAAAUCCGCAAAACUGUGCGAACGGAUUGCGAAAGCGUGGGCACAGAUGAUGAAUUUGUGGGUACAGAUUUCAAAAACUGAAGGGACGGUUUACAAAACCGAAAGCACGGAUUGUAAACUCGUGGGUACAGUUUAUUAAUCCGAGAGCACGGUUUUGUAAACUGUGGGAACGGUUUUAGAAUCUGUGAGUACGGAUUUGUAAACUGAGGGAACGAAUUACGAAACUGUGGCCACGGAUUUGGGGGAAAUGUUUUUUUUUUUCUCCGAGGGAUGACCAGACAGGCUCCGUAGAUAACAAAACCUAGUGUAAAAAGGAAAGAACCAUCCGAUAUUCCUGACUGAUGGAGGUCUGGGACAUGACUGUGGUUCCGCUCCAGUCCAGCAGGCGGCGCAAACGCAGCGCGUGCCACAGAAAACGGCACGUGAAGAUAAAGCAGCUGCUGCGCUCACUUUUAACAACAGUGUGUUCGUUUUGUAAUUUAUGUGAUUCGUAUUUAUUUCUCGCUUGCUGUAACUUGCGUUUUGUUGACUUCUUGUUGUUUUAUAUAAAUGAGUGACAUUAUUUUAUAAGAAGAAGUUUAAUUGAUCAAAGCUCCUCAUAUUGAAAUUGAGUUUUGCGGUGUGUGAACAUAAUUUUGAUGUUGUGUUCAGAUGUCCAUAAUGAUGGUGCAGGUGGAUGUGAUGUGCUGUAAAUCAGUAGGAACUGAUCUGUCUAUGCUGGAUAUUGAUGAUUUGAUGACAGAAAUAUGUCAGCUGAAGAAAGAGGUGAAGUUACUGGAGACAAAACUCAGAGAGAGAGACCAACUCAACAGAAAGGAUGUAUGUGGUGUUUCUCUCUGUGAUCAAACAUCUCCAGAUCUUCUGCUUUCUGUCUGUAAUGAAGAGCAGAAGACAUCAGUGAAGCAGCUGGACUGUGAGAUGGAGCUGAAAACACAAAUCAAAGAAGAACAGACAGAUGAAGAUGAUGUGAUUUAUUUAGACCCCAUGAAUGUGAAGGAGGAACGUUCAGAACGCAACCAGAAUGAAAUUAAGGAGGAAAAUCAUUUGGUGAUUGGAGAAGAAUCUCUGAGCUGCUUGAUGACUGAGAAGAGUUCUGCAGCAGAAACUUCUCAAAGAACAGCGCACAUGGAUUCUGUCACAUGCUCUCAGUGUGGGAAGAUCUUCACUCGUAAAUCCGACCUUCACAGGCACAUCAGGAUUCACACUGGAGAACGGCCGUACACGUGUGAGCGGUGUGGAAAUGCUUUCGUUCGUAAAUGCCACCUUAAAAGGCACAUGAGAAUUCACACCGGAGAAAAACCUCACAGAUGUGAGCAUUGUGGAAAUACUUUCAUUCGUAAAUGCCACCUCAAAGUGCAUAUGAGAAUUCACACGAGAGAAAAACCUUACGGGUGCUCUCGGUGUGGAAAGACCUUCACCCAGAAGUCCGACCUUAAUAAACACACCAGAAUUCACACGGGAGAAAAACCUUACACAUGCGGUCAGUGUGGACAGAGUUUUGCGAGGUCAAACAUUCUGAAAGAGCAUCUUCUCUGUCAUUAAUUGCUGCAAAUGACCUGACAAGAAUCGUCUUGUGAUGAAAAAAAGACAGGAAGUGUUGCAAAGUUCAUCCACAUGAAAACAGACUCCCAGACUCUGUUCAAGAUCUCAAAGAUCUAAUUUGCUUAAAUGUUUAAAAUAAUAAAGUUUGUCCUGGUUUGACAAAAAAUAUUCAGAGAAGGUUUAUGCAAAAAUUCGGCAAAAACCUUUUGCAAGAAUGUUAAUUCAACAACUUUAUUUGAUCAAAGUGCUGUGCAAGCAGAUGCAGGUAAAUAAGAGAUUGUAAAGUUGAAGUGUCUGUGUUUUAUGAUGAGAGUGUUUGAGCUCAAUCCUGUCAUACACAUCGAGACAUUUCGAGGAUAUGCCAAAGUUUGACAAGAUGCAAAGAGUUGAGUAUUACUGAGUUUCGUUUGAAGCAUUCCAAAGCAAGUGAACUAGAUUUUCAUAAGCAGAGCUGUUUGUUAAUUGAAUGUUUUCUCUAAGGCUCUUUCCCGCUAUUGAGAUGUUUAAAUGUCAUUUUUAACGGUCAGACAGGAAAGCCGCCGCUUGCAACUGUUUUAAAUUCAUUUAGUACACGGCUUGUCGGAAUGCUUGAUUCUGAUUGGACAUUCACAACGUUUGCAGGUUCGUUAUUCCCAGAUAACAACCUCUCAAAACUAAUAACAUUUUGAUCAAGUUUUUUUACUAAUUAAAUAUAUAUAUUAAUAACAUAUAUGACAUUUUAUUUACAAAUGAUUAAACCAAAUUGCCUGUUCGUGACAUUUGAAUGUCGUUUCUUACCUUAAAAACAAAAGUAAAUGGCUUUUCCUCGCGGAAGGUCUGCAUUCAAUAAAAAUGAGCUAAUCAAAUAUUUCAAAAUCACAUUUCAUGUCCAGUUUUUUCUCAUGUGGCAAGUAGCCGGCUGUUAUUUGAAACAAUUAUAGUAAUCCGCUUCGCGCGUCGGGUCGUGAUCACACUGUCGGGGAUUGUUUCUGUGAUAACUGGCUGCCUGUACAUUAUCCCUUACAUAAUGUUGUUUUCAACAUUUGUACAGAAUUAUUAUAAUUUCUUUACUCCGUGUUUAAGACUUUAUCAUAGACGUUGUUACAUAUCUGUCAAAACCUAUCAACUUUAAUAUGAUUUUUACUCACCGAAUGUAAAAAUCGCUUAAAAUUGUCCACUUCAAUUUUUUAAACGUUACAUCAUGUAAACUACAUAAUAUGACGAGAACAAACGAGUUGGCUCAAAUAAAAUGGCAAAGCAUGACAAAUACCUAAACCUGUAUUCGUAUUUAUUUAUUGUUUCACGACACCAUGCUUUCUAUGCAUUCACGAAUCCUAAUCAUUUCAGUUCGUUCACCAAAAUGAUUUGUUCAUAUGUUAAAUACUUACGCC